GGGGAGGACAAUGUGCGGCUCACGCGCUCGCUCAGGAAGACUCGUGGAAGAAGACGCUGGCCUUCCUGCGUGAGAAUCUGUACGCCGCUCACUAGCGCCCCCUGUGCCCGCCCACUGAACAACAACCAGCUAAUGCGCCACCUUGUGUCCGACCUGAGAAGUCCUCUCAGGGGGAGGAGCCCUCCUUUUGUUUUUUUCUUUUUGUUUUUUAGGAAGUGUCCUUGUUGGUGGUCCAAUAAUCCUCUUCCUCUUCAUCUCAGCUGCAUUAGUUUGACACACGGAUCCAGAAUGGACACCAGGAGACACAACGAGCACACGGACGCGGUCAAGCUGUCGGUCCAUCCGUCCAGAGGCCUGGUGGACGAGAAGUUUGUCAUCCUGGUCCAGAACGCGCCCCCCGGCGUCCAGCUCACCGUCCACGCCUCCCACCGCAGCGAGGACGGACACGACUGGGAGGCGUUUGCUCACUACGUGUCCGACGCCGGCGGCUCCGUGGACGUCUCCAAGGAUGUCAGCUUGGGGGGCACGUACUCGGGACUGGAGCCCAUGGGUCUCCUGUGGAGCCUCAGACCGGUUCCGGGCAGCCGACCUGGACUCAGGAUGAGGAAGAUGAAGGUGCAGACCCCCAUGGAGGUCACCAUCUCCGUGCGGCGGGGUCACGGCACUCAGGGCUUCCUGGACCAGGUGGUGCUGGCCUCCCAGGCGGUGGAGCGCUGGUACAUGGCGCCCGGCGUCCGCAGGAUCCCCGUCACGACGGACGGACUGUCUGCGACCCUCUUCCUGCCCUCAGGACCCGGACCCUUCCCCGGAGUCUUGGACCUGUGGGGGGGCGGAGGAGGUCUCGUGGAGUAUCGUUCCUCGCUGCUCGCCUCCCACGGCUUCGCCUCCAUGGCCCUCAACUACCUGAGCCCCAAGGCCAGCCAAGAGACGGGCAAGAUGGUGGACGACUCCUACUUCCAGGCGGCGCUGAGAGUCCUGCAGGAACAUCCCCAGGUGCUCGGCAACAGGGUGGCCUUGGUGGGCCUCUGCCUGGGCAGCGGCGUCUGCCUGAAAAUCGCCGUCCACGCCUCAAGCGUGAAGCCUCGGUGUUUGGUGUGCGUCAGCGGGACUCACGUCAUGCCGCCGACAGGAACCUUUGAUUACUGGAACAACGCUAAAUGUCGCUACAACGAACACAAAGAGGUGAUCUCUCGUGACGUCUUGCUGCCGCUCCCCACUGACCCCGCCCUCAAAGUGGACGUAGGACGCCUGCAGUGCCCCCUGCUGCUGAUAGUUGGUCAGGACGACCAGAACCUUGCUAGCCCUGAGUCUGCUGCUGAUAUGAAGGCCAUGAUGGAGCAGGCGGGCAACAGUCACAUGCUGACGCUGGUGUCUUACCCACAUGCUGGUCACCUGAUCGAGCCCCCGUACUCACCACACAUCCGAGCCAGCUUCUUCCGCUCCGCCUUCGCGGGACACCAGCGCCCGUUCACCUUCUUGGCGCUGUGGGGCGGGCAGACGUCGUGGCACAGUCGCGCUCAGGAGGACGCCUGGAAGAAGACGCUGGACUUCCUGUUUGAGCAUCUCUACCGCGGCGUGGCCCCGCCCAGGUCGCACCUCUGAGUGGCGUUCGGACGGACCGACGCUUACGUCCUUUCUGCCCUUCGUGCACAGGCGGCCACUCAUCAGCAGGGGGCGGCAAUGUACACGUUGUUCAUAUUUACCACAACAAUCUUUUUAGGGUCAUUUCCUGUGGACUCCGUCAAUCAAACGUCAGCUUUAUUAGGAACAUAAUAACAACGUGAAUGUGGCAUGCUAACAUUAGCAUCCUAACAGUUAGCAUAUGUCAUGUACCAAUUUAUAUGACGCUAAGGCAUACGCAUGCAAAAUUAACUAAAAAAUCUGGCAUGCUAACAUUAGCAUGUUAACAGUUAGCAUAUGUCACUUACCAAGUUAUGUGACUCAGUGGUGUACGGCGGCAAAAUUGACAAAAAAAAAAGUUAGCAUGCUAACAGUUAGCAUAUGUCACAUACCAAGUUAUGUGACUCUGUGGUGUACGGCUGCAAAAUUGACAAAAAAAAAGUUAGCAUGCUAACAGUUAGCAUAUGUCACAUACCAAGUUAUGUGACUCAGAGGUGUACGGCGGCAAAAUUGACACAAAAAAAGUUAGCAUGCUAACAGUUAGCAUAUGUCACAUACCAAAUUAUGUGACUCUGUGGUGUACGGCUGCAAAAUUGACAAAAAAAAAGUUAGCAUGCUAACAGUUAGCAUAUGUCACAUACCAAGUUAUGUGACUCUGUGGUGUACGGCUGCAAAAUUGACAAAAAAAAAAGUUAGCAUGCUAACAGUUAGCUAAUGUCACAUACCAAGUUAUGUGACUCAGAGGUGUACGGCUGCAAAAUUUGUUUAAAAAAAAGUUAGCAUGCUAAUGUUGUUAUGUUAGCAUCCUAACAGUUAGUAUAUGUUAUGUACCAAUUUAUAUGACGCUAAGGCAUACGCAUGCAAAAUUAACUAAAAAACCUGCAUACUAACAUUAGCAUGUUAACAGUUAGCAUAUGUCACUUACCAAGUUAUGUGACUCAGUGGUGUACGGCGGCAAAAUUGACAAAAAAAAAAGUUAGCAUGCUAACAGUUAGCAUAUGUCACAUACCAAGUUAUGUGACUCUGUGGUGUAUGGCUGCAAAAUUGACCAAAAAAAAGUUAGCAUGCUAACAGUUAGCAUAUGUCACAUACCAAGUUAUGUGACUCUGUGGUAUACGGCUGCAAAAUUGACAAAAAAAAAGUUAGCAUGCUAACAGUUAGCAUAUGUCACAUACCAAGUUAUGUGACUCUGUGGUGUAUGGCUGCAAAAUUGACCAAAAAAAAAGUUAGCAUGCUAACAGUUAGCGUAUGUCACAUACCAAGUUAUGUGACUCAGAGUUGUACGGCUGCAAAAUUGACCCAAAAAAAAGUUAGCAUGCUAAAAGUUAGCAUAUGUCACAUACCAAGUUAUAAGACUCUGUGGUGUAUGGCUGCAAAAUUGACAAAAAAAAAAGUUAGCAUAUGUCACAUACCAAGUUAUGUGACUCUGUGGUGUACGGCUGCAAAAUUGACAAAAAAAAAGUUAGCAUGCUAACAGUUAGCUAAUGUCACAUACCAAGUUAUGUGACUCGGAGGUGUACGGCUGCAAAAUUGACAAAAAAAAGUUAGCAUGCUAACAGUUAGCUAAUGUCACAUACCAAGUUAUGUGACUCAGAGGUGUACGGCUGCAAAAUUGACAAAAAAAAAAGUUAGCAUGCUAACAGUUAGCGAGUGACAAGUGCUAAGUUAUAUGACUGAGAUGUACGGCGGCAAAAUUGGCAAAAAAAUUUGCAUGCUAACAGUUAGCUAAUGUCACAUAACAAGUUAUGUGACUCAGAGGUGUACGGCUGCAAAAUUGACAAAAAAAAAAAGUUAGCAUUCUAACAGUUAGCAUAUGUCACAUACCAAGUUAUGUGACUCAGUGGUGUACGGCGGCAAAAUUGACCAAAAAAAAAGUUAGCAUGCUAACAGCUAGCAUAUGUCACAUACCAAGUUAUGUGACUCUGUGGUGUAUGGCUGCAAAAUUGACCAAAAAAAAGUUAGCAUGCUAACAGUUAGCAUAUGUCACAUACCAAGUUAUGUGACUCUGUGGUGUACGGCUGCAAAAUUGACCAAAAAAAAGUUAGCAUGCUAACAGUUAGCUAAUGUCACAUACCAAGUUAUGUGACUCAGAGGUGUACGGCUGCAAAAUUUGAUUAAAAUCAAUCAAUCAAUCAAUCAAUAUUUAUUUAUAUAGCCCUAAAUCACAAGUAAAAAAAAGUUAGCAUGCUAAUGUUAUUAUGUUAGCAUCCUAACAGUUAGUAUAUGUUAUGUACCAAUUUAUAUGACGCUAAGGCAUACGCAUGCAAAAUUAACUAAAAAAUCUGGCAUGCUAACAUUAGCAUGUUAACAGUUAGCAUAUGUCACUUACCAAGUUAUGUGACUCAGUGGUGUACGGCGGCAAAAUUGACAAAAAAAAAGUUAGCAUGCUAACAGUUAGCAUAUGUCACAUACCAAGUUAUGUGACUCUGUGGUGUACGGCUGCAAAAUUGACCAAAAAAAAGUUAGCAUGCCAACAGUUAGCAUAUGUCACAUACCAAGUUAUGUGACUCAGAGUUGUACGGCUGCAAAAUUGACCCAAAAAAAAGUUAGCAUGCUAACAGUUAGCAUAUGUCACAUACCAAGUUAUGUGACUCUGUGGUGUAUGGCUGCAAAAUUGACAAAAAACAAAAGUUAGCAUAUGUCACAUACCAAGUUAUGUGACUCUGUGGUGUACGGCUGCAAAAUUGAUGAAAAAAAAGUUAGCAUGCUAACAGUUAGCUAAUGUCACAUACCAAGUUAUGUGACUCAGAGGUGUACGGCUGCAAAAUUGACAAAAAAAAAAGUUAGCAUGCUAACAGUUAGCGAGUGACAAGU